AUGUCUCCCGGUCCAGAUGGGUUACAUCCAAGAGUCAUUAAGGAGAUGAUGGAGGAACUACUUCAGCCUCUGAGGAUCUUGUUUGAAAGCUCUUUUCAAGAAGGAAAUAUACCCGAGGACUGGCAUAUUGCAUAUAUCACAGCUAUCUAUAAGAAGGGCAGUAAAAGUGAACCAGGAAACUACAGGUCAACAGUUCUACAGUUGAUUAGGGUACUAGACGGGUGGACGGAAAUUAUCGAUGACCGUCAGGCUGUGGACAUAGUGUAUUGUGACUUCAUGAAGGCUUUUGAUAGAGUACCCCACAAAAGACUAUUAGAAAAAAGUAUCUAG